ACGUUCUGAUCACCAUUAGAUUAUACGCCUAUCUAUUGGGAGACUGCCAAAAUGUCUAAAAUCACAGUCGCUAAUGUCCGAACCCAGGUCGGAGAGCUCCUUGAGUACUCCAAUGAGACCAAGAAGCGAAACUUCCUCGAGACCGUCGAGCUUCAGAUCGGCCUGAAGAACUACGACCCCCAGAGAGACAAGCGUUUCUCCGGCUCCAUCCGUCUCCCCUCCAUUCCCCGCCCCAACAUGUCCAUCUGCAUUCUCGGUGACCAGCACGAUAUCGACCGAGCCAAGCACGGUGGUGUUGACGCCAUGUCCGCUGAUGACUUGAAGAAGCUCAACAAGAACAAGAAGCUCAUCAAGAAGCUCGCUCGCAAGUACGAUGCUUUCGUCGCUUCCGAGGCUCUGAUCAAGCAGAUCCCCCGUCUCUUGGGUCCUGGUCUGUCCAAGGCCGGAAAGUUCCCUACCCCCGUUUCUCACGCCGAUGAUCUUACCGGACGUAUCAACGAGGUCAAGAGCACCAUCAAGUUCCAGCUCAAGAAGGUUCUCUGCAUGGGUGUCGCCGUCGGCAACGUCGAGAUGAGCCAGGAGCAGCUUGUUGGUAACAUCAUGUUGGCCAUCAACUACCUUGUCUCCCUUCUCAAGAAGGGCUGGCAGAACGUUGGAAGCCUUACCAUCAAGGCUUCCAUGUCUCCCCCCAAGCGCCUGUACUAAGCGUGUUUCUUUGGCCUUUGCCUGAGAUGGUUCGGCAACUGAGUUCGCCGAAAUGCGGACCGUACAGCUUAGACUAGGAUGGCAGGAAAAUAAACACAACCGAGACAAACCACAUCG